CGGCUCCCGCGAUAGAAAUUCACCCGUUCCGUGAUCGCUCGAAUUUCUCUUACACUCGACCAAAUCCAACACAAUCAUAAAAUCGCCCUCGGGGGCGCUGGACAACGUCACACAGAUGCCGUACUGGUCAUCUCCCCGGGUGGGGGCCAUCCCUCAAGGCACCUUCACCAAAACCAACAAUGGAAAUAAAAAGAAGGAGCUUCAUCAGAGGAAGAAGGGCAUUACCAUGGAGGGCACUAACAGCAAACCCCCCAUUGGACGAUUGCAGGAUUUGAAGAAGCAAACAGCCCUCCGCCUGGCGCAAGAGCAACAGGAAUCUCAAGGGUCAUUUUCUUCUGAAUCUCCCCCCGGAUACGUUCCGAAAGUGGCAUCGCGAAAUCCUUUCGGAGUCGCAGAUCCACGCCUUUUACCCGGACGAGACUCGAAGAGUUCCUUUCAAAGCCUUGCGCAUUUACGUCACACUGGAAACUCAAAUGGUGAUUUUGCUUACAACAGGCAUCGUCCGGAAGCUGCGGCAGGACCGCAUCGUUUGCCUACGAAUGGACUUCCCGCCGGCUCCAGCAUAUCCAAGGAAGAUCUGAAGGCACCGAAAGAAAGGAAGGCCUCUGAAAAGUCCAAGCUACCUUCUCACGGUCUGACCGUUCAGGAGUUGAAAGAAAUGACGAAAGCCCGUUUGCAGGCGGAAGCUUCGCAGAAGCACGAAGAUUCUGAGGCUGAUCAUUGUUGUUUGUCGUCUCUGCCUGCCUCGUCCUCCACGUUUCCACUUAUCUCGGAUCGUCCGACAGGAACUCCUCAACCCUCCGCUACGCCGACUUCCCUAUACGGUCACCGUCCAUCAAGCGUGAACUCGCGUUCGUCAUUUCCAGAUCAGUUAAAUCGAGAAGGAUGGUCGUCCAACGAAUCGCGAGUGGAAGCGUGGGAAAACGCGAGUGCCAGUACUUCGGCCUCGGACUACUGGGGUUCAGAGUAUUCCGACAGCCUUCGAGUCUUUCAUUCGCACAGUCCGGAGAGCCAUGGCCAGUCGUCUCAACGUAACCGCACUUUUUCAAGUGGUACGAAUGACUCUCCUCCGGCUUUGCUAGGGUCCGCAUUUUAUGAUCCUCAGGCCCCUUUUUCGCAGAAUCGACGUCGGGCGGCGACACUGUCUCCCCACACAGGCUUGAAGCACGUUCGUGAAGAUCAACCAGACUUUCCGGGUCACGAUGAUUUGCCUGGGUUUCCAUCGUUUAGCAAUGUAAGCCGCCCUCAUCACCAGUCUCUGGCUCAAGAUAAGGAAUUGCUGACCCAGCAAUCGUACCGAUACCCCCCGGGAUUGAUUGGAAGUGACGGAAACCGCGCUCGGACAUCUUCUCUACCGGCAAUUUCGCGUACGUCCGAAGACUUUGGUACCGAACCUUUCCUUUCCUCACGGUUUGGAAGGGUAGACGAGGAUAAUGCACAACUUUUUGAUCAAGUCUUCCGAGAUACGGCUACCGAUCAUGGCACGUCGUCGCUUGAUUUAAUUGGCGGUAUAGAGAUUCUUGGUAUUUCGGGAUCGAGAAAUAGUGGUUUCGGUGCCGGAAUGCAAUUGGACAACCGUCUACGAGCUGCUACUUGGAGCGAGCCUAGCACGGAUUUGUUUGGGCCAAUUGGAAGUGGACGCGAUACCUUAUCGUCGAUCCUCAAUCUCUCGAGCGCGGACGAAAGGCCUUCAUUCUUACCUCCCGACUUGUAGAUCCUGCGCUACAUUGGGGCCCCAUGUUUCGGUUGGUCUUUUUGUUAAAAUACUUGAUGAUUGAGUCUUUGAUAUAAAUGUGGAGAAAAAUUCCUUCGAUUCGGGAUUGUUGAGCUUGAAACGGCUCUCCUUAUCUCGACAUACGGAGUUGAUGAAUGGUUUUGGUCCAGUCCGACGAAAUCGUUGUUAUCGCUGGAUUGUGUGUUGUUAGCGUUCACGUGUGUGGCAGAUUUGGAGAGAGAGCUUGUACAAUGUCCUUCCAGAAAAAGAAAAAUAUAUAUUAGUGAUAAAGGUAGUGCGUGCGUUUACGUAAGAAAAGUUAUUGUUCAUACUUCUGACCGUAUGGGUCUCUUUUUCACCACGAAUUACAAGUUACAGAAAUAAGACUGUUCACAGUUAUGUAAAGGUUGCAAUAGAUA